AAUAUAGAGUUAGAAUAUAGAUAAUCCAAAUUUUGUCUCCACAGCUCAGUAUAUUGUCUAUCAAUCCAAUCUAAGCACACCCUAGGGGUCAAAUCCGCAGCAUGAUGUAACUUCUCCUAGCUCCACCCAAGUGAAUGGGGAUGUCGAUGAUUAAUAUGAAAGCUGAGAUUCUAAAAUAAUUAAGAGGCCUGUGUACAAGUCCCACACGUAUGGAAAUGAUGGAUUAAGACACACAGGACCGUUAAAGAGGUCCUCUCUCGUUGCCCUUGCUGCCUGUAAUGCUAGUUCUAAAGAAGAAGAUUUACAGCAAGGGAAAUAAGAUGUUUCUCAGGGCUGAAUCAGGAAAUUUGAGGACCUACUUCUGCACCCAGGUGUGAAGGAGAAUAUGCAUGUAUGUAUAUAUCAUGGUCUCACUCUGAUUUUAAGGCUGGCAAAGACUAGUCACAGGCCUGAAAGCAGCAAUUAAAAACAAGGAGAGAAGUGAUACUAUUGUGAAAAAGCAACAGGCACCCUGGAUUUCACCCUCUCUCAAACUCUCUGAAAGAACGGGCCAUUUACUCUAUAGAAUUCUUGCUUUGCACGUGACUGGAGGCUUCAUGGAAUUGUUAUAGUUUAACUAUCUAAUGGAAUAGGGUGGGGAACCUCGGCAUCACCUGUAGUUAUAGCGACAAGAAAAUAUUGACAGCACAAUAAAUUACGUAUUAAUGAAAAUAGCAAGGCAAAAAUGUAUCCCGUUUCACUAUUAAAUAACCAGUCCGCAUUUAUGAAAGAGGAAGGGCAUUCCACUUCUGAGAUCAAGGGUAAAGGAGUCUCUUUAGCUAUUCACUUCUGUUUCUGUGCAGUGUAUGUUACCAACCCUCCACAGCUGAUUAUGGCCUUAGAGUUGCACAACAGGCUACUUGUAAUUCCCUAAAUUAAUCCCCUUCUAAAGGUUCACCUGAUACGUAUAGUCACACAUAGAGCUCAUGGUGCAAAACCUUAAUGUCCAACAGAGCACAGGAAAGAAAUCUCUGAUUGUCUCUUCUCUCUGUAGAUAUCAACUGCAGAUAUCAGGUUAAUCAUCAAUUGACCAAAUGUUUUUCUUUGCAUGGACCCACCCCCCAAGUGAAAUUCCUUUGCGUUGAAACAUUUCUUGGGCACUGUUGCUAAAUAAUUAUAAGCAGCAUGGAUCGUGUUACUCAAGUCCAGGCUAGUAACUAUGCUGAAUACUGUUCCCAAUGUACCUAGUAUUGGCCUUUCAAAAUGAAGCCUCUAGUUUUCUGUCUGGGUAAUGUAUUCACUGCUCGUGGAUUGGGAACCUCUAAGCAGUGCAGCUGUCUGAGAAUGCACUAGCUAGUCUGCUUGCAUGGUAUGGCAUAUCCUGGCUUGGGAAAACUUGAAACAUUGGUUUAGCUUGCAUCUGAAGAGCAGUGUUUGAUUCAGCCAUAGCGUAUUGCAGUUACCACUAAGAUUGUCAGCGUGGCUUCCUGAAAACAUUUAUUUUUGGUGCCAAGCAACUUCUCAAGGAUUAUUGGACAACAAGGGCCUCAGGAGAACUCAGAGAAGAACUUCCACCUUGCUCCAGUUGAAGAUCAUUCAGAUCUUGAUUAUUAUUAUUAUUUGGGGCGGGGGGGUAAGAAGGAGAUAUUGAAUUGACUGGUUCUGCCAGUGUCGCACGUUAAUUAGGCUUGGCAUACUGGGAAAAGGCCAUGAAAAACCAUCACAGUUUCAGGAAAGAGGGAGAAAAAGUUGAAAUGUCAGUGAUGAAAAAGAAAAAGCAGAAUUCUUCCUGGUGUGCAUACAAGCAAGAAGUACCAGCAAGUAUAACAUGCUUUGAUCAGAGUAAAAGCCCCCGUCUGGAAGAAGAGCUGGAGCUGGGUCACUUGCAGCUCCUGGAAGCAUUGUUUGCUACUCACAGCUCUCCCGAAGGGGAAGACCAAGGCAGGGAAGCAGAGAAUAAAGACCAGUGGGUGAGACCCUGCAGAAAGCAGAAAGUGCAGCCACCAGGAAGUCUGACUCUACAAGAGUUUCAUAGAGUCCUGUCGGAGCUGACUGGCUCCGAGAGCUGGAACAACCAAUCAGAGCUGCUUUUCAACAAGGUUGACACCAGCUGCGAUGGCCUUAUUGACUGGAACAAGUUCUGCACAUACCUGCUGCUCUAUUACAAAGAAAGGGACCACAUGAAAACCAAGAAGGAGAUCUUCCUUGGCAGGGAGCCCCUCAUCCGACACUCUGUGCAGAACAAGCUGGCGCCAACUACCAGGAUAUUGGCCAUCUCUUCACCACCACCACUCUGGUUUGUAAGUGUCAGCAAAGGAGGAGUUCUUACUACCUGGGACAGCGCUCUACAUAUUCAAAAAACGUAUGAGAUUGCAACAGAUUCCAAAGGCUCUCAAGCAGAAAAAAGAAGAUUGAAAUCCUGGACCACAGAUGCUGUGUACAUGGCAAAUGUCCACAAAAUCGCAGUAGCCACCACCUGCAGGGAUAUUCACUUUUUUGACGUGUCCACGGCAAACCUUGUUGAAGAGUUUCAUUUAUUUGCUCUGAAAAAUGUUCCAACUUCAUUGUACUACCGGUAUAAUGCAAAGUCCUUAGGGAGUCGCUCCUUGCUGCUCUGGGGAGAUGACCAUGGUGGGGUUCACCUGCUCUGGCUGCUACACCCUCAUUUGGGCGUCUUUGAAAAGCCCUUCACGGAUCAGUCGGGGCCGCAAAGAGUCUUCCUGCAGGAAAUUAAAGAGCACAGUAAGCUCCUGCAAUAUCAAACCAUCCCAGAGGUGCAUGAGGAAGCUGUUUCCCAAAUCCAGUACGUAGCAGAGGGAGAACUCAUCAUCACAUCCUCAGGCAGUCCCAAGACCUCUGUGGUGAUCAUGGAUAUUCUCAGAAAGAGAAAAGUUUACACCUGGAAAAUCAAGAAGGGGGUAAAAUGCUUCGACUACUGCAAAUCCCUGAGUCUGCUGGUUACCGGAGGAGUGGAUCACGCUGUGCAACUCUGGAACCAAUAUGUCCCGAGCUGGCCAGUUGCUACCUUUCAGGGACAUUGUACUACCAUUCUGGCGGUUGCCAUCCAUGAGCCCCGAGGACACGUAUUCAGCUAUUCCAAGGACUCGGUCCUGAAAGUCUGGGAUAUUUUCUCACAGGCUUGUCUGCAGACCCUGGCACUCAAGUUCCCAUGUGUCCAGCCAGAACAAACACUAGAACAGGGGGAUUUUCCCUUCUUGCUCAUCCAGCAGUCUCCCCACCUCCUCUUAGUCUCCUGUGCUGAUUACAUUGGAUUGUUGAAGCUCGCGCAUGUCAGUCCUGAGGAAGAAAUGCUGGCUACCCAUGAUGCACCAUUAUGCGGUGCUCUGUACAACACCUUCUUCCACCAGGUGGUGACAGGAGGUGAUGACGCCACUGUUGCUGUGUGGGAUGUGGAGACGGGGGCCAAACGCCUCCUCAUAAACAAUGCCCAUGGGAAGGAAGAGAUUACAUGCAUGGCCCUUGACAACUCCCAGCACAGGCUCAUUACGGCAGCAAGGAAUGGGACCAUAAAGGUCUGGCAUAUUCAGACUGGCCACAACUUGCACCAGCUGGAGGUAGUGGAAGAAGCUGAAGUCACGGGACUUGUAGCUUUGCAGGAUCAAUCAUUGCUUACGGUGGGAUGGAAUCAGAAAAUCGUCCUUUAUGAUUUCUGUGAACCUGAGGCCCUGUAUGUUACUGCGCAUCCUUCUUGGAAGGGCGGGCAGCUGCACAAAGAGGACAUCCUGACUGUGGACUAUUGUCCUUCUCUUGGGCUCCUUGCUUCAGCCAGCUUCGAUGGAGAAAUUAUCAUGUGGGAUGUGGAAUCCCAGAGUGUGUAUCUCUACCUCAGACAGGCUCAGCCCGAAAGGUCACAUCCUCCAGUGGAUAAACUACUCUUUCUCCAGCAUCGAUCCCUGGAUGGUGUUUCAAAAGACAGUGCAAUCCUUGUGAGCUCUGAUGCUGGGAACCUUCGCUGGUGGAGCGUCCUUGCAGAACAACGGGAAUUUGGUUUUUAUUAUGCCCCAGCUAAAGAGGAUGCGUCUGUGACUGGGUUGUCAGCCAAUCAAAUGAACAGUGUUCUUGUAUCUGGAGACACAUGUGGAUUCAUCCAGGUUUGGGACAUUUCAGAUUAUGGGCUGUCCCCUAGAACUCAGGGCUCUCUGGAAAAGCCUCCCUUACUGUGUAGCUGGAGAGCCCAUAACAGCACUGUGGUGAGUGUCGAGCACUUCAUGUUCGGUUCAGAUUCAUUCAUUCUGAGCGGCUCCUCAGACAGAAGCGCCAGACUGUGGACCCCAGACGGGAAAUUUGUGGGAACCUUUGGGCAGGAAAAGAGAUGGGACUUGAAAAAUCCAUCAACAUUCGCCCACCCCAAGGACCCCUGGAGUGAGAGAAAAGAAAUCAAGAAAAAACGAACGCCAAUCAAGCAGCUGGCAUAUACUGAUGGGCGGCUCUUCAGUUCAGAGGAGCUUGUCAGAAAUGUGGAGGGAGAGACAGAAGAGAAGGUAAACCAGGAGAUCAAUGGGGGAAGCACAAUGGAGGAGAGAGAGCAACUGCAGGAGUUCCAAUUACCAAGAGCGGAUGGUGCCCAUCCAUCCACAUCCCCCAGCCAGAUUUCUGCCGAGGAUACGGUGCAAAGCCGCCUGACUACGCCACAAUCGUUCACCGGUACCUCAAAUCAAAGAAAACACGAGUGGCAGAGCCUUUUCAGACACCAUCUGGAAAAUGACCUGGUGAAAAGAAUUACAGGAAGGAAAGCCCGUCGGCGUGUGUUUGGGGCUAUCAAUGCUAACAAAUUCAACCGGUUUGGGACACUCUGUUCACCUUUUCAUGCACUAGCAACCCCGGAGAUGCAGAAAUUAACUUUACCUCAAGACUUACCCAUGACCCCUCGGAUGCUGAGGCAGGGCAUAGUCUGCAGCACCGAGAUGGACUUAAGGUCUUUACCAUUAACCUUCCCAGACCUGGACGCCGAGAAGACAGAAGAGCCCAGCCUGAGUGAGAGAAAGAAGUCAUCAGUCCACAUGAAAACCCCUCUGCUUCCCCCAUUAGUUAAACCAACCAGAGCUAGCCUCUCCCACAGUAAAAAGGCUAAAAGUUUCCAGUUUCCCUCCCAGUUCCCACAGUAGCUGUCUCUAUUAGCCUGUAAUAGAUGCUAAGUGUUGGCACCUUCUGAAAGAGAAUACCUGGAUUCCAUUUCUAGAGCAAUAUGCUUUGUCUUUUUUGUAUUAGACCCUAGAGCAUUGUUUUAAGCAAUCCCUUUGACACCUAAAUUCCUCUUUGACACUCACAUAAAGUAAUUGCAAAAGAGUAUUUUUGUACUUUGGUUUGAAAAUGGUGAAAUUUCUACACUGGAUAAUGAAAAUAAAGCAACUAACAUGGGAUUUUGU